AACGCACAGAGGGGUUGGGCUGUCAUCACUGAGCAACCAGCUGUUAGCUUUUUGUCAUUUAUUCACUAGCCAUAUAUGUACAUAGCAGUUUAAACAGUACUGAUCAAAAUGAUUACAAAUUCACUAUGCAAAUACAGAUUAUUUUAUAGGCUUACAUCAAAACAAAUAACGCCACUAUUUCGAUGUUUUCCACCAGCCAACGAGCACCUGUUUAAACCACCUCUCCGUCAGCAUCAGUCGAGAUAUAGCUCCGCCCACAACUGCAAAAUGAUUGCCAUGCGGAGAGGCAUGCUGGGAAAAAGUUCGCGCCAAAAUCAAACGGAAUACCGCGAAAACUUCUUGAAUCAUAAUUUUUUUUGCACUGAUUCUUCAGACGUAACAUCAAGUACAGCCACACUCGAAUCAAUGCCUGUCGACGAAGAAAUAGUUGUAGUUCCUCCCGUUACAAAACGUGCUAAAAUAGACACCGAAAUGCCUACCACAGUCCCAAUGAAUGAGGAACAAAUGCCGGUCAAGAAGCCUACUCUCCGGUUUAAGAAAAUCUCCAGCGAAGCCAAGGCGCCCACAAAGGGUAGCGAGUUUGCAGCGGGAUUCGAUUUGUACAGCGCUUAUGAGUACACAAUCCCAGCUGGUGGAAAAGAGAAAGUACUAACAGAUAUCUCAAUAGAGCUACCGGAAGGCUGCUAUGGCCGAGUUGCACCAAGAUCUGGACUUGCCUGUAAAAAUCACAUUGAUGUUGGAGCUGGCGUUAUUGAUCGAGACUACAGGGGCAACAUUGGAGUGAUUCUGUUUAAUCUAGGAAAGGUAGACUUUAAAGUGGAAAAAGACAUGCGCAUCGCUCAACUCAUUUGUGAGAGAAUAUGCUACCCAGAACUAGAAGAAGUAGAGGAGCUUGGGGAAACUCAACGAGGAAGUGGCGGCUACGGAUCAACAGGAACUAAAUGAGGCAGGCCUCGAACAUUGUCUUUAGAAAGUACAUCAAUGGCGAAACUCGGAAACCAUCAACAAGUUCUGCUGCAAACCUG